AGGAGCGCCACCGCAGAGAGCCGCCGCCACUAGCCCGGCAUGGCCAUGGCGUCCCCGGCCAUCGGGCAGCGCCCGUACCGCCUACUCUUGGACCCAGAACCGCCGCGCUAUCUGCAGAGCCUGAGCGGUCCCGAGCCGCCGCCGCCGCCGCCGGCGCCCCCGGGCCGCUCCUCGCGCCGCUGCGCCCCAGCGCCCGUCUCCACUGCGCCCGGGGCGCAUGAGGGGCGCGGCGCCCGGAGGGCUGCCCGGGGGGAAGCGGAGCCCCAGCCUCGGGCCUCCCGACCCGCUCGCCCUCUCCGGCCUGGUCUGCAGCAGAGACUGCGGCGGCGGCCUGGAGCGCCCCGGCCCCGCGACGUGAGGAGCAUCUUCGAGCAGCCGCAGGAUCCCCGCGUCCCGGCGGAGCGAGGCGAGGGGCACUGCUUCGCCGAACUGGCGCUGCGGAGCGGCCGGGGCUGGUGUGACCUGUGCGGCCGAGAGGUGCUGCGGCAGGCGCUGCGCUGCGCUAACUGCAGAUUCACCUGCCACCCGGAGUGCCGCAGCCUGAUCCAACUGGACUGCAGUCAGCAGGAAGGCGCCGCCCGGGACAGACCCUCUCCAGAAGGCACCCUCACUCCGACCUUCAGCCAGAAUGUCUGUAAACCCGCAGAGGAGCCGCAGUGCCCGCCACCCACGCUGCAGGAGAUCAAGCAGAAGAUCGACAGCUACAACACCCGGGAGAACAACUGCCUGGGCAUGAAGCUGAGUGAAGACGGCACCUACACGGGUUUCAUCAAAGUGCAUUUGAAACUUCAGCGGCCGGUGACCGUGCCGGCCGGGAUCCGGCCCCAGUCCAUCUAUGACGCCAUCAAGGAAGUGAACCUGGCAGCCACCACGGACAAGCGGACAUCCUUCUACCUGCCGCUGGAUGCCAUCAAGCAGCUGCACAUCAGCAGCACCACCACGGUCAGCGAGGUCAUCCAGGGGCUGCUCAAGAAGUUCAUGGUCGUGGACAAUCCCCAGAAGUUUGCACUUUUUAAGCGGAUACACAAGGACGGGCAAGUAUUCUUCCAGAAACUCUCCGUGGCUGACCGCCCCCUCUACCUGCGCCUACUCGCCGGGCCCGACACGGAUGUCCUCAGCUUCGUGCUAAAGGAGAAUGAAACAGGAGAGGUGGAGUGGGAUGCCUUCUCCAUCCCCGAGCUCCAGAACUUCGUAACAAUCCUGGAAAAAGAGGAGCAGGACAAAAUCCAACAAGUGCAAAAGAAGUAUGACAAGUUUAGGCAGAAACUGGAGGAGGCCUUAAGAGAGUCCCAGGGCAAACCUGGCUAACCCGUCUGGCCUCCUCUUCUCCUGAUGCCCAUGGAUGUAUUUGUAUUAUUAAUUAUUAUUUUGCAACAGACACUUUUUCUCAGGAGCCCUCUGGUGGGUGCAUUUGUGCCUGCCCAGCAGUUCCAGAUGUGGCAUGAAAUCUCUGAUGAACAUGUGUGUGUGGGGUUGGGGCCUGCCUGCCGCCACGCCGCGCCCCUUCGCACACGGCCCAGGAGCAGUGCUUGUGUGAAAGAACCACUGCGUCCUCUCGCCCGCCGUCUGCAAGCCUUUCACAAACCACACAGUUGCCUCUCUCAUAACCAAACUGGAACCCUUCGCACCAGCCGGCAAAGGAACAAAAAAAAAAAGGUUUUAGAGAGAGAUGUUCUUCCUCUGGCUUUCCUUCUUCAAUUUCUCUCGUUUGCCAUCCACAGUACCUUUAUUUAUGAGUCAAAAAUUGUAGCAUAUUUCUUUAGCAAGUCUGAGCUAAAACCCUGAAAGCAGGAUAAUGCUCAUAAAAGGACUGUCCCCCAUUGUCCCCAGGUGCCCGUUGUUCAUGCUUAAGGGAAGGUCAUAAAGCCACUGGCCCCAGAUGCUCAGGUUAGGACCCCCAAAGCUGAGGUUGCCUGAGAGAUUUCCAGAGAAGCUGCAGCUGGCCCUGGCCCUGAUCGCCCAAGAGUCGCACAUGUAAACCCAAAGGCAUGUAUAUAUCUGUGUAUGUGUGGUCCUCAGCCACAUCUUUGUCGACAACUGUUUGUUUCUAAGUUACAGCCUUGAAUUUAACAUUGCCAUCAUCCUUGUGUGUUUCCACCAAAGGGAAACCAGCCAUUUACCAUUUUUAAUGUCUGCUGAGUACAGAAAACAGGCAGUCGAAGUCAAAAAGCGUUGGAGAUAAACAUGUCCAAGCUGUCUGCAGCCUUCCCCGGCUGGAGAGCCGGGGAGGCCUGGCUGCCUUGGUUUCCCCCUUGGCCUCCAGCACUGCCUCUCUCCUCCCACUGGGACUCUAGGAUCUCCAGGUGCUUCCAGAUGAGCUGCCUUGACUACAGUGGGGGGGAACCUCCAACUCAGCCAACUUGAAGUCCUUUGUGUUCAAAACAUGGCCAGCCCGUGCGUUGUGCUCAGUGAGCCCGUGGGGCUGGCCUCCCGCUGACCUCAGUGCCUUUUUGUUUUCAGAGAGGGACCAGGAGCAGGGCACGUUUGCUUGAAGCUCUGCUGCUGGCUUGCACCUGCCAGGAAGUGGACCGCGGCAGUGUGGGAGACAGGACCAGGAGAGCCGUCCCUCCAAGUGGGGGACGAGGGUCGCAGGCCUCCUGAGGUCCAGCCGCCUGGACAGGGCGGAUCAGGUUCCCAACUCUACAUUUGUCCUGCCUCCUUGUUUAGGUUCAGCUUAAACUAGCCAAACAGUUGCAGCCAGGACUGCAGACACACUCCAGUGCAGAGGGAGCUUGCAGCAAAUAGCCAGGACUGCAGGGACACCCCAGUGCAGAGGGAGCAGGACUUUCAAAGCAGGGCCGGUUUUCCGAUCCAGCCUCUGAGAGACCAUUUCUUUGCUGUCCUCUGCCUUCCCAAGUCCCUCUUGGGUUGGUUGGAGCCCACGCUUCUUCGCGUAGCCUCAGGAGUUCCCUCCCUGACCCUCGCUGAAUCCACACUGCCCCUGAUCCCAGAAGGAACGCAGACCCCUUGUCAUAUAAGCUGUUAAGUCUUCAGAGCUGCAAGAACAGCACAAGCUAGGCAGCUGAAAAAUACUUUUUACAUCAUAAAAACCCUGGUUAUCUGCCAUCUCCUGCUCAGCCUUAUCACUUCCCUCCCUUAAAAAAAAACCUCUCUCCCCGCUGUAUAUUGACGGGGGUGGGCGAGAGUCCCCUCUCCUUCACGCUGCAUGUCUUUAACAUUAGUGGACGCACGGCUCCUGCUGCAACCGCUGUGAAUGCUGCUGAGAACCUCCCUCUGAUGGGGCGGCUAUUUUAUUUUUGAGAAGGAAAGAAGUCAUGUACAUAUAUACAUAAAGGCAUAUUGCUGUAUAUAAAGAGAUGGGGUGUUUAUGAAAUAUGAAAAUUAUGAGAAAAUUGAGACUUUAUCUAAAGCACACUUAGACCAGGACCCAGGCUGAGGUCCAAGUGUAGUAUGUAGGAAGUGUCCCCUCCGUCCUGGGCGGGCGGGACUGCUGGCAGUGCCUUCUAUGGUUGUGUUGGCCAGUGUGUAAGUGUUCUGAGGAUAUUUUCUUUUUAAAUGUCUUUCUUAUAUGGGUUUAAGAAAAAAAAGUAAUAAAAGCUUGUAAAAAUGA